AUGGCGACAGCUACCCAUCUCAACCAUUAUCGCACCCUCGAGGUGGACCGUGCUGCCAGCCAGCAGGAACUCACGGCCUCGUACCGACGCCUGGCUCUCAUCCACCACCCGGACAAGAACCCAGACAACCUCCAGGAAGCGACCGUCAAAUUUCAACAGAUCCAGCAGGCCUACGAUACCCUGUCUGACCCAGUUGAACGUUCCCGAUAUGAUGCCCGGGCCUGUCGAGGCUCCGAUGAUGCAUUCCCACCGGCGUCCCAGCAACCCGGGUACGAUUUCUUCGACGUCGCGCGGUUCUAUUACUGGCAGGACCUUUUCUCAAACCUUGAACAUAACUUUUAUCCCUUUCCGGAUGAGCAGGUCAGUUUUGCCUUUGGGUGUAGCUAUGGCUGUGGCCAGAGCGGUUUCGGCCGCCGGGAACAAGCUGCUAGAAAGGAGGCAGAGACUGCGCGAGAGGUGAGAGAAAGGGAAGAAGCUGCACAAAAGAAGGCAAGGGCAGAUGCUAGGAAGGCUGAGGAGGAGGCCAAGGCACAAGAGAGAGCCAAGAGGCAGAAGAGAGAGCAGUUGGAGCAAGAGGCGUACUGGGAUGCAGCGAAUGCCCUGACCAGAGAGGAACGUGUCGCGGCCUGCCUGCAUUCCGAGUUCUGCAUCAAGACGACUCAGCGCCAGAAGUUCAAGUGCAGCGUGUGCCGCGUGAGGAGAGGGCUGAUCUCCUUUGAGUGUCCCUACUGCUCGCUCCUCAUCUGCCAGCAAUGCGUGGGCCAAUUUGCACAACGCCGUGCGGUAGCUCUGCGGAAGCAGAAGCGGGGGCCGGAUCCCGACUCGGAGCCGGCUACCGAUGCUGCGAAAGGUCAGUCGGCUAAGGGCGGAGCAAGCACUAAGAAGGCCCGGCCGAACGGCAAGCCCAAGGGCGCUCAAGGUCGGCCGAAGGAGACGUAG